UUAACUUCAUUGCAGCCCCUCUUUUCCACCCGAGCUCGGAUUUAGGAAUGUGGAGACCAGCAGCUACGUCACCCACAAACUGCCUGAGGUGUCGUCGAUGAAAAACUUUUUUAAAAGGCUUUACCUGAACGAAACGACUACUAUCCGGUCCAAGCUGGAGUGGAAGGUGGUGGGGGGAAAGCCUGCCCGGACCUGAAAUUCAAAAACACCGACAAAUUAGCCACCGCUAGCACCGGAACCAUUUCCCCUAACACACUGGUAGUCUCCCCAGGGACGCUGGUCUCUGUCUCCAUGGUAACGCUCCCGUUGACGCUUUGAGCUGCCUGAAAGGGGGUGGGCGGAACCGAAGAGGAGACCUCGCCGAGUGAAGGAUGCCAUUUCAUGAUGGAGUGUACUACCCCUACAGCAGCGACACCCAGGGGACCCAUUCGUCGGCGGGGAUCCCCUCCCUCCUGAACUCCCCGCUCAGCCAGCAGUCUGCGGCUCUGGGCAUGGCCCCGGCCGCCUUCAAGUUCCGCCCGCGCCGCGAGAGCGUGGACUGGCGGCGCAUCAACGCCGUGGACGUGGACCUGGUGGCGAGUCAGCUGGACGUGGACGCCCUGCAGGAGCACAUCGGCACCGUGACCUUCUGCAGCCUGGACGGCGAGCGCUGCCAGCGGUGCCAGACCCCCGUGGACCCGGCGCUUGUCAAGCUGCUGCGGCUGGCGCAGCUCUCGGUGGAGUGGCUCCUGCACUGCCAGGAGGUCCUCAGCGCCAACCUGCGCGGUGCCGAGGAGCGGCUGGCGGCGGCUGCCGGCGAGCGGGAGCAGCUGCUGGCCUUGCACAGAAAGCAGGAGGAGAAGGUGAAGGCGCUGAUGGGCGAGCUGAAGCAGAGGAAGAAGGUGAUACGCACCCAGCAGUCGCUGCUGGCUCCACGGAUCAUGAGCAGUCACAAGUGUGCACAUUGCGAUAAAUCCUUCCUCAACUCCUCCUUCCUUCAAAACCACAUGCAGCGCCGGCAUCCUGACGAGCACCAGAUGCAGCUGCAGUCCGACAGCGAGAAGAAAUCUCAGAUUGAUAGUCUGAAAACGGAGAUUAGCAGUCUGAAGGAUCAAAUCACUCAGCAGCAACAGGAUCUGCAGGCCAAAAUUGCUCAGGAAAAGGAGCAGCAGUCGAUGCACAAAGAGCUGCUGAGGGAGCUGGAGCGCUUCAAGGCGGAGGAGAUGGCCCGCAUGGACAGGAAGCUGGAAGACAGCAGGGACGGCAUGCGCAGGGAGAUGGAGUUCCUCUACAACCGAAACAUUCAGGCUCUCACCGAAGCAAAUCAGAAUCAGACGGCCAAGCAGGACAAACCAAGCAGCCCCGUCAACUCUCAGGCACAACGAGACGCUUACAAAGACAUGCAGCUGCAGGCCAUCCACAAGCUGGAGCAGCAGAUGAAGAAACAGGACAAAAAGUGGGAGUCCAGAAUCAAAGAGAUCAAGGCUCAACACGAGUCUGAAAAGAAUCAGUUGCUGAACGAGCUGAGCAGGAUGCAGGCGUCUGUGACGGAGCACCAGGAGCAGAGCCAGUGGCUGCAGCAGGAGAUGGACCGCAGGCUGCAGGAGAAGGCGCAGACCAUCAAGGCUCAAAGAGACCAGAUCAGGACCAUUUCCUCCAGUCCGCCCACUAAAGUGCAAGAAAUACCAGUCGCUGCCAGCACACCAGUCCCAGAACCCAAACCAAAGAAGAUCACACUUGCAGCCCAGUCUCCCGUCUGUAACCCCCCGUUUGUUCUGGCUUCCACUGCCUGUUCACCUGAACGCUCAGAGGAGCCAGCCUCUGCUCUAAAGCUGGAUCCCAUACAGGAGUUGUCGGAAGAGGAGAAAGAUUCCAGUAUCUCUGAGAAGAGACCGCUGUCCAGUAAACAAGUGACCGAACCGCCUAAGAAACCUAAGGUGACGGCCAGUGCUGUGAAAAAGAACCCCAGCAUCAAGAAGGAGAUGCGAUCCGAGCUGGAACGCUCCCUUACCAAGAAGCUGGAGAGCCUGGGGGUCAAGCCUAACCAGAAAGGCUUGACGAACAAGGAGUUAGCUUCCCUCCUCACCAAGGUGCGUUUAAAGCAGGAGGCCGUUGCCAAGACGAUGCCCGACUACUGGCGCUGUUGGGAGGAGAUCGCAAGCAUGAUUCAGCUGAAGCUGGGCAGACAGAGGCGAGGCAGCGAAGCUGCCCCAAGAUCCAAACAGCCCCAUCAAGUGAUGCAAGUUCGCCCGCGCUCCAGCAGCCUGCCCUCCAGAGCCAGCCAGGCGGUUCCUGCAGCAACCGUCAUACAGCCAAAGACUCCGCAGCCGGCACCAAGGACCAAAGGCUUCAUCCAUCCGAAGACAUCCACUCCCAACAUGAAGCCACUGUUGAAGAGCAGCACAAGCAAAACUCCGCCGUUUAGUUCGGACGAAGACUCGCAAGACUCAGUGUCCGACCUGGAGGAGGAGCCGCCACACCUCCGGCGAGUCAAGUCGUUAAAUCUGAUGGUUCAGAACAAACCGCCUCCGGUUCUGUCCAGGCAGAGCGCAGUCAGCCAGUCGUCGUUCUCCUCUAAACCACAGCAGUCCCGUCAGGGGGCCAUGAAGACGCAGAGCGAAGACGAGGAGGAGUGGUCGGAUGUGAGCGAUAUGGCGGAAAUUGACCCCAGGCAGCUGCAUGACUUCAAAAACCAGAACAGCAAUAAUGAUAAAGGAAGCCACAUUAAAGAUAAAGUAGCUGAUUUGGCCAGAAAAGUUGAGUUGCACAUAUCAGAGAGAGCAAUAAAGAAGCCUGCAGGGGGCGUAAGCGUUCUUCCAGAGAGAAAGGACGAAGUUCAGGAGCUGUCGUUGACAGAUCUAGAGGAGAGCAGUGAGUGGAUGGUCUCCUCUCUGGAGGACAAACCAGGAGCGUCUAAGCAAACGUCUUUUCGUGGCUCCGGACCCCUGAGGAAGAGCCUGGACUCGUCCAGCACCAGCGUCUGGGGGACGUCUACAGGAAAAGCCCCCAAAUCAGGUCCAGCCGAAGCAGGAACAGGAAGCACACUGAAGAGCAGCUUGUGCUCUUUCAGUGACAUCAGCGACUCAGAGGAUAUAAGCAAUAAGUAGCAUUAGCACUGCAGCAGAUCAGGUAACAUAGCUAACAUGAGAACCUCAGCCUCUCACUUCUCCAGCCAAAAAAAAGUUAUUCUGCUUAUUUAUUCUAUGGACUUUGUGAUAAAAAGAAGAAUAAAGCAAUACCUUCAAGGAGGCUGUUCAGACAGUUCAGGACCAGAAUCAAAUUUUGAUUAGAAAAUAUGAUUUAUCUUGUUAAAGUUUUAACUACAGACUAGGUGACAGCUUUUUAUUCUAAGGUACUCUUAAUGCCUUGUGCCAAUAAAAUUUUAUUUUUGUCAGA